UGAGCGUAAACCCGGAACUUCCCGGUCCAGUGACAGCGGUGUGUUAUUGACUUCGCUGUGAGGAGGGAAUCAAACUCCACAUCUUCUCCUCCAGGGUUUGAUCCACUCACCGGGGUUUCUGUCGCUCACCUGAACCUUCACCCGCUUAAUCACCAUGUUCUCCUCCAGGCUCCUGCUGCUGCGCUCGACCGCGUCGUUGCCGUCCAGGUCUCUGUGUACGGACGGUGUGGCGGGGCGAGGCCGAGCGCCGGACAUGAUCGAGGGAAAUCCACUUUUACACGUGUCCAAUGUGAGGAACAGGCUCAGAGACAUCGUUGGCGCGUCCACUAACUGGAGUGACCACAAGCAGGCCAUGGCACAGCGCGUGUCCCUGUCGUCCAUGUUGGCCAAGUCUCAGCAGGAGCUUCCUGCGAGGUCCAUGAAGGACAGUUACCUGGAGGUGCACCUGCCGCUGGGCUCUGAGCCGCAGCUAAGAGAGAAAUACCUGACCUUCCACAACACCGUCAGGUUUGGCAGAAUCCUGGAGGACCUGGACAGUUUAGGAGUUCUCAUAUCAUACUCUCACACCUACAACCCGGUUCUGAAGAGGUCUCCUCUGUCCAUCGUCACCGCCCUGGUGGACAAAAUCGACAUGAGGCAACACGUCGUUUACCCUGACUGCGACAUCAAGUUCACCGGUCAUGUGACCUGGGUGGGACGGACGUCUAUAGAAGCCACGAUGCACAUGUUACAGUAUCGUGAUGGAGUUUAUGCUCCGGUCCUUGAUGCCACGUUUGUGAUGGUGGCUCGAGAUCCAGAGAACAAGAGGGCAGCAUUUGUGAAUCCACUCAAACCUGAUGGAGCAGAGGAGGAGACCAUUUACCAGCAAGGAGAAGCCAAUAAAUCCCGGCGUGUUGAGCUGAGCACGGCGUCUCUGCUGAAGGUGGCUCCUGCUCACGAGGAGAGGGAGAUCGUCCACAGUCUGUUUCUCAACACACUUGACACUAAAACCGUCAGCUUCAGGAGCCGAGUUCUGCCUCCAAAUUCCGUGUGGAUGGAAGAUGCCAAACUGAAGGGCCUGGAGAUCUGCCACCCACAGGAGAGGAACAUCUUCAACAGGAUCUUUGGAGGCUUCCUCAUGAGGAAAGCUUACGAGCUGGGCUGGGCCAACGCCUGCUCCUUUGGAGGCUGUCGACCUAAUCUGGUGGCUGUGGAUGAUAUUCUGUUCCAGAGACCUGUGGAGAUCGGCUCCCUGCUGCUGCUCUCAUCACAGGUGUGUUACACACAAGAGAACUACAUCCAGGUCAGAGUUCACAGCGAGGUGUUUGACCCUCUGACCCGACAACACAACACCACCAACGUCUUCCACUUCACCUUCAAGUCGGACAGAGAUGUCCCCAACAUCACCCCGAGGACAUAUGGAGAGUCCAUGUUGUACCUGGAUGGAAAAAGACAUUUUAACCAAACAGUGGAGAAGUGAGGAAGAAAAAGCUUCAUCAUCUUCAUCACGUCGUUCUUUUAUCUUUCAUGAGUUACAUUGUUUCAGUCAAACUAAAGUUUUUUAUUUACUUUAUUAUUAUUUUGAACUCUUUGUUUCACAGUUUUUUUUUUACAUCAGCGUUUACAGAAAACAUGAAGCAAAGUUUCAGCUUCUUUGCCUUAUUGUAACCUAGUAUAUCUCACUUAACAUCACUACAUUACAUUUUUACAUAUUACAAAAGAGCAUAAAAGCAUAUUUACUCCUUUUUUAUAUAUUUUUUGAACGUCUGAAAGUGUCAAACAAUGACGGUGUCAUGAUUAUGUUACUGAAAUGCACCAAAUAAAUACUUUAUUAUUUA